CUUAAAGGUUUCCAAUUAACCAAUUUACGCACGCGUCUUGUCCGGUUUGCUGCCAAGAAUUGACACUUUUUUAGAGUCAGCACUGUAACACUUUCCAGAUUGUAACAUUUUAUUGGGGUAUUUUUAAUCAUGACUUCGACCUAAAUAUGUAUAGGUUUGGAGAAUUUAUUUGGGCAUUUGCGAUUCAGACGUUCAUUUUAUAUUUUGAAGUGAAAUUAAGAACUCACUGCUGUUUAAGGUUUAAACAUGUUAAUGGAAAUGAUGAUGUAGCCACGUGACCAAAGCAGUACAGUCCAGGUCUAAUUUGGUGACAUUUGAAGCCCUUGCACGAGGACUCCCCAGUUUGCAGGAUGUUUUGCUUCUGAGUGCUGCGGAUUAGAGUGUUUGCACGCCAGAGGUGGUCGAAAAAGAAAGUGGGUAAAGUUUACUCUGCACACCCUGAAAAACGAAAAUGUCCUCGCCCACAUUCAGACGGAAUAGUUCCCGUGGAUCUGUGUGUGGAAAUCGGGCAUCAUUUGAGUGUAGUGUCCGUCGCCGGGGCUCCAGCUGUUCUUACUUUUCCCCCGAAGACUUAAACGUUAGCCUCAAUCAGCCGAUAUUCACAAUAACACUUCGGUUUCUGCUGGCGAUAGAUCUGUGGCUGUCCAAGCAGCUCGGGGUGUGCGCAUGUGAGGAGGCUUCGUGGGGCGGUAUACGGCCCCUGGUGCGCCUGGUUGAGUUCUCCGGGCAUGUCAUCCCCUGGAUCAUCGGCACUGUAUACACUCUGCUGCGGGGAGAGAGUGUGGAGGAGCAGGAGAUCAUGCUGAAUUUAGCCCUUGCUCUGCUGUUGGACCUGCUGUUGGUCAGAGUUGUGAAGACUGUGAUUAGACGUCGCAGACCGGCCCAGAACCGCUCUGAAAUACUCUCCACCUUCUUUGUGGAGCGAUACUCCUUCCCCUCUGGCCAUGCCACACGGGCAGCCCUGUGCGCCCGCUUCCUCCUUGCGCAGCUUGUGGAUGAAGCCUCCAUGCGGUUCCUAGUGGUGGGUUGGGCUGCUCUUGUUAGCCUGUCUCGACUGCUGCUUGCACGACAGUAUGUGACAGAUGUGGGCUUUGGCCUGGCUAUGGGGUACUGCCAGUACAGUCUGGUGGAGAGGUUGUGGGUGACCUGGGACUGUGUGCAGGACCUCCUGCUCAUAGGACUAAGAGAGAGACUCAACAGGGCUUACAGCAGACUGUGGAUGGCAGAUUGGAAACACUUGAUUUAAUGAACAUGUGUGUUUAUGUGUGUUUAAGUCAAAGUGUUGGGAAAUUAGUAGUGUGAGUGUGUAAUACAGAAAUGUCAUUCUGUUAUAAACAGUGAACUUCAUUAAUUUUUAGAUUAUAUUAGAGUUACUUCAAUAUACUUUUAUUUUGUUAAAAUGUGUCAGUUUUUAUGCAUCUUUUUGUGUUCUUUUUACUGUUUUCUUGAAGAAUAUAGUGGAUAUAAUGAAAAGUAUGGCCAUGAUGAACAGGCAUCUUGUUUGCACAUGGCGUUGAUGAUAUAUAGAAUUGUUCUUACAAUGCUGUAGCCAAAGCUGAAUGUAGUUUUUAAAAAUAAAAAGCCAAUUUGCAUUUCAUUUAAA